AGAAUGAGCAGUUUGCUGUAAGAAGCUUCGGCAGCCCAGAGUCUGCUUCUUUGGGCUGGGCUAACCUUUCCCUGUAAAAAUGAAUAGAUUAAAAUAUGCACUUCUAAAGUGCGAGUUGCCAGUUUACAUGUUUAUUAACUAAUUGUCUUCAGGCAUGAGCACACUCUCUCAUCUAGCACACUCUUUCUUGGGGAAUACUAUUCUCUGGAGGAGUGUGAAAAUCAAUUCUCCUUAAUGUUAAGCAUCCAUUGGAGGAAACCUCUAACCACAGUACCUCCAGAAAGUUCAUUGAUCACUGAAGUCUUGGAUAAAAUUGGUGCCAGAAUUGGUUUGAACUAAUGUGGAGGAAAACAUUUCAUACCAGUUCUUAGUCUCAGAGUGCUGAACCCUGCAGCCAGCGGGCCUCCUGAAAAAAAUCCAUGGGUGACAGAAGAUUCAUUGACUUCCAGUUCCAAGAUUUAAAUUCAAGCCUCAGACCCAGGUUGGGCAAUGCUACUGCCAAUAAUACUUGCAUUGUUGACGAUUCCUUCAAGUAUAAUCUGAAUGGUGCUGUCUACAGUGUUGUAUUCAUCCUGGGUCUGAUAACCAACAGUGCCUCUCUGUUUGUCUUCUGCUUCCGCAUGAAAAUGAGAAGUGAGACAGCUGUUUUCAUCACCAAUCUGGCCCUCUCUGAUUUGCUCUUUGUCUGCACUCUACCUUUCAAAAUAUUUUACAAUUUCAACCGCCACUGGCCUUUUGGUGACACCCUCUGCAAGAUCUCUGGGACUGCAUUCCUAACCAACAUCUAUGGGAGCAUGCUCUUCCUUACCUGUAUUAGUGUGGAUCGUUUCCUGGCCAUUGUCUAUCCAUUCCGAUCUCGUACCAUUAGGACCAGGAGGAAUUCUGCCAUUGUGUGUGCUGGAGUCUGGAUCCUAGUCCUCAGUGGUGGUAUUUCAGCCUCUUUAUUUUCCACCACUAAUGUCAACAAUGCAACCACCACCUGCUUUGAGGGCUUCUCCAAACGUGUAUGGAAGACUUAUCUGUCCAAGAUAACCAUAUUUAUUGAAGUUGUUGGUUUUAUCAUUCCUUUGAUAUUGAAUGUCUCUUGCUCUUCUGUGGUGCUAAAAACCCUCCGUAAGCCUGCUACACUGUCUCAAAUUGGGACCAAUAAGAAAAAAGUGCUGAAGAUGAUCACAGUGCAUAUGGCAGUCUUUGUGGUAUGCUUUGUACCCUAUAACUCCGUCCUAUUCCUGUAUGCCCUAGUGCGCUCCCAAGCCAUUACCAAUUGCUUGUUGGAAAGAUUUGCAAAGAUUAUGUACCCAAUCACUUUGUGCCUUGCAACUCUGAACUGUUGCUUUGACCCUUUCAUCUAUUACUUCACGCUUGAGUCCUUUCAGAAGUCCUUCUACAUCAAUACCCAUAUCAGGAUGGAGUCUCUGUUUAAAACUGAAACACCUCUGACCACAAAGCCUUCCCUCCCAGCUAUUCAAGAGGAAGUUAGUGAUAAAACAACACAUAAUGGUGGUGAAUUAAUGCUAGAAUCCACCUUCUAGGUACGAGAACUCUCUUUAGGUCCAGAUAUGGUUUCUUCUACAAUUUUCCUAUGCUAUGAAUAAGAGAAAAGAUUUGAGGCUAAUGACAUUGAGAAUAGAUUAAUGUACUGAAUAUAGUCAGAUACAUUUAUUUGAAUGUUUAUUGUACAUAUGCUGUUUUGUUCAAUAAUUAUAGGUCAGGUCUAAUUACAACAACCAAAAGGUAUUGCCAAACUCUUCUACUGGGUUGGAAAUUCAUUGUACCACAUUAUAUAGGUGGACAGUAGCCUUGACUUCAGUGAUAUGGGGAUUACAUAAAAUCUUUAAAAAAGAUAUUUCCAUUCCAAUAAUAUUUGGUAAUUAGGUUGGGCCUAUAAAUAUAGAACAAAUUCAGGGAUUAUUUUAAAGAAACAGCCUUUUGUGUUACUACUGAUAUAUGUUAGUCUUCUUUUUUAAAUUGUCAUUGAGUUUAUUUUAGCACAAUAAAAUAUUUUAGCUUAAUGUUAUUAACAAAAAAGAAAUUUAAAA